AUGUCUCUAGCAACCAAAAGAUCAACCAGGAGUAUGAACAGUCAAUGGCAAAUGCCGGUCAUUGAGGAGGAUGACAACGACACCCCGGGGGCGCCGCCUCUGCCAGAGAAAUCCCCAAGGCGAUCGCAGCUGGUUGCUGAACAGUUCAUGCAGCCGUUCCCUCGGGAACCACCUCCGGCGUAUAGCAUCAACACGCCUCCAGCCACGGCUAGCACCUCGAGCCCGCAAGGCAAAGAAGGUCUGCACGACAAACCUGUGAAGGAUAAGAAGCCGGCUUGGCUCGCGAAGCGAGGUGGCUGGUGGCGCGUUGCUGCCGUGGCAAUCGUCAUUAUCGCAUGCAUUCUGGCAUUGGCGUUGGGUCUUGCGUUGGGUCUACGAAAUAGGAGUACACCGACGACUACGGAGAGCAGUGAAUCGUUUCCUGUGGUGUUCCCAGCUGGCUCAUAUGCCUUCAACACAGCUCUUGCCAACAUCAGCACGGCAUGCACAUCGAACGCGAACACAUUUCGCUGCUAUCCGUACACGACCUACAGCGCCUCAAAAACGGCAUCGUCCGCCACGUUCUACUGGACUAUCACACAGGUCGGCGAGGCCGCCUACAUGAUCUCUGCCGCGCGGAACCCAUUCGUCCCGCAGUUCACGAACAUCUCAGUCGACCUCCUCGACCGCGGCCUGGCGACGGAGCGCAUGACCUUCAGCUUCCCACUAGAUCUCGCCAUCGUCCCCGCCGUUGCCCUGGACGCCUCGAACACGGCCGCAACGUGCUACUUCAACGGCACCACCAUGGGCGCCACGAUCUGGACGAAGAAGGCGGCCGAGUACCCGAGCAGCGCAAAUGGGUCCUCGGCUACCGCGCAGACAUCAACCUCCUUCGGCAACUGGCCGUACGCUGUAGAGGUCUCGCAAGUUGCCAACUCUGGCGAUGGCGUGCCGGAUUGCAGAGAUUCCAAGGGACAGCCGCUUGGCGACUUUGAUUUAUCGGGGGCGGCGCAGGGAAACUGCUCCUGCAUGUAUAGUAAUUUCGGAUUGGACUCGUAA